AUGUUAUCACGAUUAGAAUUAUCAAGUCAUUUUCCAGUUUUUUCUAAAUUUAUUUCAUCAUCAUUACCUAUUCAUGGAUCACAUCGGGGUGGAAGACAUUGGGGAAAAGAAAAUACACUUGAAACAUAUCGUCGAGCUGUUAAUGAAGCUCGAACAGAUAUUCUUGAAAUAGAUAUAUGGAAAACAAAUGAUGAAUAUAUUGUUCUUAAUCAUGAUGGAAUUAUUGAUGGAAUAAAUAUUAAUCAAAGUACACUUGAACAAUUACAAAAAAUUGAUUCACAAUUAAUUACACUUGAUCAAGUUUUAACUGAAUUUACAUCAAUAGAAUCUUUAGUUUAUUUUUUUGAUAUGAAAGAUGCUACAGCUAUUCCAUUAACAUUGAAUAUUAUUAAACGAUAUAAUAUUGAAAAUCGUAUUAUAUUCGGUGCUGUUAAUCGAAUAAUAAAUAAAGAAUUACAAAAACAAAAAUUUUCUUCAAUUCCAAUUUGUGCUGAUAUUGAAACAAUGAUGAAAAUUUCUCAAGAUUAUAAACAAGGUCGACUUAAUGAAAAUUAUUUAUAUGAACAUGAUAUACUUGGUUUUUUUCUUGAAUCACAUACACGAUCUAUAUUAAAUAAACAUUUAAUUGAUACAAUACAUAAAGCAGGAAAACCUUUAGCUUUAGUUGGUUCACUUCUUGAUGAUUCAAAUGUUCAACGAGAAAUGAUUGAACUUGGUAUUGAUAUUUUAUUUACUGAUCGACCAGAUAUAUUAAGACAAACUUUGGAUUCUUAUUCAAAGAAAUAA